UGCCGGCCCCCUGUUCGCCGGUCGCUGAUUGAUGGCUCACCACAGGGCACGGUGGUUUUGACAAACCCGAGCAGCGACAGCCUAGGAUGAAAAUAGCCAUGAGUGCAAAAGCGAGACGCCGACCACCCCUUACCCUCAGUAACUCACCCUUUCAAGAAUGUUCAAAUAAAUGCCUUUGAGCCCGAGGGCUCGACUUCGUCACACUUGCAUGAGGUCACAAGCAGUCACUAGCGCGAAGGGCCAGGCCGAGGGUGAGGCGAGUUCUAAGCGAAGGAAGCAGGGCCGGGCUAAGGCCACGGAGAGGCCGUGUCCUGCCUGUUCCUGUCACAGAGGAUUUUGUAACAGCCUUCAUUUCACGCGAAAUGGCUGCCACCCAUUGCCUCUAUUCGGAGUUUCUGCAGAGACAGUUCCUCGCCUGCUUCCUUACAAACCCACACUGUGGCAGCCUCAUUAAUGCAGAUGGCCAUGCUGAAGUGUGGACAGAUUGGAAUGAUAUGUCCAAGUUUUUCCAGUAUGGUUGGAGAUGUACCACCAAUGAGGAUGCCUAUUCGAACCGUACCCUGAUGGGCAACUGGAACCAGGAAAGAUAUGAUCUGAGGAAUAUUGUGCAGCCCAAACCCUUGCCUUCCCAGUUUGGACACUACUUUGAAACUACAUAUGACACAAGCUACAACAGCAAAAUGCCUCUUUCAACCCAUAGAUUUAAGCGAGAGCCUCACUGGUUUCCAGGACAUCAACCUGAGCUGGAUCCCCCUCCGUACAAAUGCACAGAGAAGUCAGCUUACACGAGGAGCUAUUCAAAACCUCAAGUCGAGCAUCGCUCUGUGUGUGUGUGUCAUCCUCAUAAAUGUCAAUUUCAGGGUCUAGGAUUCUAAGAAAGAAUACAAAGGUUCAUUUUUCCGGUGUAGAUUAUAGGAAGGAGCACAUUCUAAGCACAACUAAGAAUUUAGCUGACUGUAGCACAGUUUUACUCUCUGAAUAAAUAAAGC